UUCACAAUAGUUCACAACACUGUAGCAGGAAUUUUACCGGCUCUAAACAAUACUUUUUCUGUAUAAUGGCUGGCAAAAACCUUUUGAAAUUGGGCGCUCUAGAAGCUAAGAAGACUGCGUUCCUUCUUUGUGACAUCCAAGAAACGUUUCGUCCCCAUGUGAAGCAUUUUGGAGAAGUAGUCAGAGUCGCUAAUAAAAUGAUGGAAGCAGCAAAGUCUUUCCAAAUCCCAGUGUACGUCUCGGAGCAGUACCCCAAGGGUCUCGGUCACACCACGAAGGACAUCAAUGUUGCCAAUGCGGCCAUGGUCUACGAGAAGACGAAGUUCUCAAUGUUCACCCCCGAACUGCAGGAUAGGAUGAAAAAGGAUAUUCCUGAGCUUAGUUCUGUAGUCUUAUUUGGGAUUGAGGCCCAUGUCUGCAUAGAACAGACGGUGAUAGACCUCCUAAAUGAGGACAUUGUGGUGCACGUGUUGGCUGAUGGCGUCUCUUCAAGGUCGCUGAUGGAUCGAGGGUUGGCACUGCAGCGACUGCAGAAUAUCGGCGCAUUCGUCGGCUCGUCUGAGAACGUGCUUUUCAAGCUACUGAGGGACAAAAAUCACCCUGCCUUCAAACAGAUUUCUAAGCUUAAUGUUGCCCCCACUCCCGAUGAGUUUGGAGCCCAAACCCUUAAUAGCAAAAUUAAUUAAAAUUAUUAUUAUAAAUCCCCAAAACACUAGAGACCUGUGCCUAGCAGUAGGACGUAUACAGGGUGUUAGUGACAUCGUAACGAAUACUGAGGGGAUGAUUCCUUCAGACCAUGAUUUUGAGUUGAUAUCAAGUGGAAUUUUCCAUCGCAAAAGCAUGGAACUGAAAUUAAUUAAAACUCACAACUCAGCUUCAUGGUCUGAAUCAUCCCUCCAAGUUUUCGUUACGAUGUCACUUACACCCGGUAUAAAAUAAAGAAUUUAUUAUUGUAUUAAGUAUGUACUUUAUGUAGAUAUUGAUGUAAAUAAUAAUAUUUUAAAGAAACUUAUAUAAUUAUUAAUUUUAUUAUUACAGUACAGUUAACAAAACCA